AUGAUGAAGAUGAUGAUGAAGGUGAAGAUGAAGGUGAUGAUGAAGCAGGUGAUGAUGAAGGUGAUGAUGAAGAUGAUGAUGAAGUUGAUGAUGAAGGUGAUGAUGAAGAUGAUGAUGAAGGUGAUGAUGAAAGUGAUGAUGAAGAUGAUGAUGAAGAUGAUGAUGAAGGUGAUGAUGAAGAUGAUGAUGAAGGUGAUAAUGAAGAUGAUGAUGAAGGUGGUGAUGAUGAAGGUGAUGAUGAAGCAGGUGAUGAAGAAGGUGAUGAUGAAGAUGAUGAUGAAGUAG